AUGCAAUAACUUACCCAUACUUUGUCCGACCCGACCCACCAACACCACUUCUGCCGGCAAACCAACAACCAACGGACUAAUUGACCGGCUGAAAACAUCACCAAACAAAUACAGUGCGGCAAUGCUUAGCACUGUAACUCGCUAUCUCCCGCGUCCGUGUUUCCGCCCGCGUUCCAGCAAAAGCGCACGGCGAUGUCUGACUAGCAUCGCGCUACUUCACCAGGCUCUUCCGCCACCCAUUAUCAAUGGCUCGCUCAAGCCGCCGAAGCCCGGAGGUUCUCCUCUUACGCAUAUCCUGCAUUCGCAAUCCACCGACUGACGGUUCCAAAACUAGGUUAUAAGGACGCAAGCGCAGACAUUGCCUAUGCAUUACACUCGCUAAACGACUCGAAUAUACGCGUGGUUACUCCAGAACCCAACCCAAACCCGACCACCGAUACCGACUGGUCGUUCCCGGAUACCCAACCGGGAAUUCUAGCUGCUAUAGCCGCUGGUGCGGACACGAUCUGGGCAAAUACCUCUCUGUUCGCUCAUCAUCCGCUCACCACUACCUCGCUCCCACCUUACACAAAAUUAAUCGCUAACCCGCCAAAAGUUGUUGACCUUGUUGACGACAAGGCCUUUACUAACAAGCUGCUACAACGUCAGGGAUUCUCCAUACCAAAGAGCUGGCUGCUAGAAGGCGACUCAAAGCGGUCAAUCGAGCGGUUAUCCCAGCUGAUAUACGACCUGCCAUACCCCGUCGUCGUCAAACCUGUUCGUGGAAGGGGCAGCGAGGCGGUGAAAUUGAUAAACGGGUUUGUGUGCAUGUUGGACACCCUCGAUGAGUUUUUCGAGACCUUCGAUGUUGUUCUCAUAGAGGAGUUUUUGGAGGGGGAGGAAGGGACCGUGACUGUCAUGCCGGAUGGACAGGGGAAGUUUAUCGCCUUGCCGAUUGUGCAGCGAUUCGAUCAAGUUUCCGGGGUAAUGCCGUGGAACGGGCACAUUCCCGUCACUGAAAACUCCAGAGUAUUGCCCACACGUAAGGAAGAUUCCUGGCACCGAGCUGCCAAGGAAGAGUGCGAGAGGGCUGCAGAGCUGCUUAAGCUCACUACUAUUACUAGGAUCGAUAUUCGUAGGAAGGAUGAGGAUGGUGGAAAGUUCUAUUUGUUCGACGUCAAUCCUAAACCUGUACCCCCCCUACAAACUUGUCCAUUCUUCUUACGGCCUGGUUUGAGCUAACACACCCAGAACCUCACCGGUGCCGGCCGCCCAUGCCGUGAUGACCAGGAUAGUCUUUGCGCUAUGGCUGCUAGGGAGUUUGGGUGGCAGUAUCAAGCUCUCGUGAGGAAGUGUGCUGAGAAUGCCUACCCUUUGGAGGAGGCUCGUACAAUUGAGCCGCCUGAAGCGGUGGUUGGGAGUUUGGAUAACUUUACGGUUUGGGAAAAGUGGAGAGGAAAGGAAAAGGUCCAGACCGCUGAUGACAACGCUGUGGAGGCAAAAAAGGAGCUGUAAAUGAACAAGGAAUUAGAUCAGGCCGGCCGAUCGGAUGUGAUUUCCUUAUAAUGAAGUGCAUCUCGGACCGAAUACUAUUAUAUUUCCCAGCUAGGAGAAAAGCUGACCAAAGGGAAAAUGCAAAUGUCAUGCAAUUUUCAUCACC